UAAAAGGAUGCUCUAAAGGAAAGGAUAUAUACGGAUUGAUUUCGUGCAUGAGGUAUGGAGUUUGUACAACGUUCUCUGGUUUUCAGCUUCGUUGUGGCAAUGGCUUUACUGACUUUUAUUCACGCACAGGCUGAUGAAUUUGACGAUUUUUUAGAUGACGCCAAAUAAUUUGGCAUUACUAACUUCUUUUUUCGUAUGUCAGAAUCAUAUCUCUGAAUUUCUACGCAGGUGAAAAAAGGCCUAUCGAUAUCCAUGAAUUGUUGUAGCUCUUCUGAAGAUAUUGUCCAGAAAAGUCUAUAGAUAUUAAUAAAAUAUUUUCCAUGCAUACAUAAGAAAAUGGUUUCGCCAAAAAACGAACCACACUCCGGAAAAACGUUCGAGAAAUAUUUCAUUUCAUACCAACAGAUUCUGUAUUCUUUUUUUUGGAAAAGUUGUGGUCCAGACUACAUCCAACAGCUGGGAAAUGCUUGGCCAUAGUAUUAAUAUUGUUUGCUGGCAUAGCAAUGCAAGGCAACUGGCUGCUAAUUUUAUCUAGUUUCGUUCGACGGUUUUAUGAGUAUCCGAAGGAAGAAGGUCAAGAAAGUCUUUUCAAAUUGAUAUCUCAGUUACAGUCACGUUUUCGAGGCCUACCGUACUACAUUUUGACUUCAGUAACGCAGUCUUCUAUUUUCUAUUUUGGUCUUUGUGGAUUCCUGCAAUGGUACUUUUAUGUGCGUCAAAGAGAUAGGCCAGAAGAGUGGAAAUGUCAGCCGAAAAAAUUCCUCUCAUGGGAAGAUGAAAAGCAUGGAAUACUUUUAGGAACUGCCUGCAUGUUAACAGGCAGCGUAAUCUCUGCUUUCUUGUCAUGCUGGACUGUGAAUGGAGGUUACACUGCCUUGUAUUACAACAUCUAUGAUUAUGGCAUUCCUUACUUUCUACUCUCUAUACCUUUGACAUACCUUGUUAUAGAAGCCCUCUUUUAUUAUUAUCACCGUAUAUUUCACUGGCCUGCCAUAUACAAGACUUACCACAAAGUUCAUCACCGCUACAAACAACCGACGGCUUUCUCAGCUACUGCGAUGCAUCCUUUGGAAUUUUUCGUUCUGCAAACUGUUACUUUCAUUCCUAUGUUUACGAUUCCUAUUCAUUAUGCUGUUUUUAUUGGUGUUGUGUUUUAUGAAAACUACUACAGCGUCAUCGGACAUUCGGGUGCUAAAAUAAAAUCGCUGUGGCCUUGGCAGCCGGACUCCAUGUACCAUGACAAUCAUCAUGAAUUUUUCCACGUUAACUUCGGUUUGAAUACAAAAUUAUUCGAUUACCUUCACGGCACUCUUCGCAAAGAAGAUCACAUCUACUCUGAAAAUAUUUUCUAUGGAUAUGGAAAGAAAUGGUCCGAGGCCACUGAGGAAGAGAAACAAGAGUUUUUGCGAGAUCACAAAGAUUAAGCGAAAGAAUCAACUUUAGAGUACAAAUGGUGAUUUUGAAGUACAUGGCAAGAUGCUUUAGGUACUUUUUCCAAAUGAAAUGUGCAUGCCUAGAGAUGACAAAUGUCUAUUUGCUUUACAGGUAGCUAUAUUUCACGAUAAAAACUGAGCUUUAAAUGAAACUGGAACUUAUCUGGAAAAAAGGAUUACUUGUGUAUGAGUGUGUGUGUGCGCGUGUGUAUUGAUUGUCUAAUCUUUAAAUGAAAAUGCAUUUGACGAAGGUACGAUCCGCGAUUAAGUCUCUGGUAACAUGGUAAUACACUGAUGGAAUGCGUCGAGAAUUCAGGGUCGUCCAUUGUAUCUUCGACUGAAGACUAUCCCACUAUAUUAUUUGUGACAAAUAUGUUAAUUGUUUUAUUAUUUGCUAUGAUUUUUAUGAAUGUAACUUUGUUUAUGAUAAUAAAUUAUUUUUAGCAAAUAUA